AUGGUCGCUGUGCGAAUCGUCGCUUGCCUGUGCCUGCUGGUGGGCGUCUCGCUCCAGGUGGACGUGAAAAGUGGCAAAGAGGCAGGAAAAGCCGGGAAUUUCAUGGAAGAUGAGCAGUGGCUGUCAACCAUCUCCCAGUACAGCCGGAAGAUCAAACACUGGAAUCGCUUCAGAGACGAAGUCGAGGAUGACUACAUCAAAAACAUGGAGGAGAACAUGAGGUCUGAUGAAACCGUGGACACCACCAAGGACCCGUGCCAGAAUGUGAAGUGCAGCCGCCAUAAGGUGUGCGUCGCUCAGGGCUACCAGAGGGCCAUGUGUGUCAAUCGCAAGAAAGUGGAGCACAGAGUCGAACAGUCGGGUCAGCUGGAGGCUCGUGAAAGCAGCUGCAAGCCUUGUCCUGUUACUGCCUCCUCACCUGUAUGCGGCUCUGACGGACACAACUACGCCUCCGAGUGUAAGCUGGAGCAGCAGGCCUGCCUCACCGGCAAAGACCUGAGCAUCAUGUGCGCUGGAUUUUGCCCCUGCUCCACGGCCUCCAUUGCCAACACAAACACUGACGCAAAACGCGAGAGCUGCACCGGCCAGGACCUGGCAGACCUCGGAGACCGCCUGAGAGACUGGUUCCAGCUCCUUCAUGGAAACGCGAAGCAGAAUAACUCUGGCAAGCUCGGAGCUGGCACCGCUUCAGCGCUGGACAAGAGCCUUGUAGCCAGCUGCAAGGACUCCAUCGGCUGGAUGUUCUCAAAGCUGGACACCAACAGCGACCUGUAUCUGGACCAGGCUGAGCUGGCUGCCAUCAACCUGGACAAGUACGAGGUCUGCAUCCGACCCUUCUUCAACUCCUGCGACAGCUACAAGGAUGGGAAGGUCUCUACGGCGGAGUGGUGCCUCUGCUUCUGGAGAGAAAAGCCGCCGUGCCUCGCUGAGCUGGAGAGGAUCCAACUGCAGGAGGCAGCCAAGAAGAAGCCUGGGAUGUACAUUCCCAGCUGCGACGAGGACGGCUACUACAGGAAAGUGCAGUGCGACCAAAGCCGAGGGGAGUGCUGGUGCGUCGACCAGCAUGGCGGAGAGAUGAUGGGCACCAGAAUCCAUGGCAACCCUGAUUGCGAGGAAGUGGCGGGAUAUUCUGGAGAUUUUGGGAGUGGGGUCGGAUGGGAGGAUGAGGAGGAGAAGGAGGCAGAGGAGAACGGAGAGGAGGCGGAGGAGGAGGAGGAGGAGGAGGGCGAGGCAGACGAUGGCGGGUACAUCUGGUAGAACUGUCUGACCCCAACGCAGAGAGCCGAGUCACAGCUGCUGGCCUGAAAAUCUACAGGGACGGCUCUCUUCUUACCGCAAAAGAUUUUGGGAUGGGACUGGGGAGGCAUGGAAUUGUGUAUCAUCCUGGUGGGAUGUUGUGGUGCUCGUCCACGGAUGAGACGAUGACCAGUUUUUGUCUUAGAUAUGUGUAAUUGCUUCAUUCUCCUCUCUGUUUUUUGAGCAACAGAGCUUUUUGUUUUGCCGUCCUGAAAAGCAGGACCCACUGACUACUGCGCCAUAGGUAGCUAAAGUCCAUCAGAGUUCCUAUCUUGUCCGACCGCCAUCUAUGCAUAUAGAGAUUACCAGUAAUUUUGUAUUGUGUGAAAAAUUGCUUGAGUAUUAGAGCAGCCGUCCCACUGGAAUGACCAGAAAUCUGAAUUUUAAGGAAUAGUUUGACAUUUUGGGGGAUGCGUUUGUUUGCUUUCUUGCCCGGAGUUUUAUUAGAUCCCCUUCUCACGCUAAAUAUGAAGCUAGGUCGUGGAGACGGUCAUCUUAUCUUAGCAUAAAGAGUGGGAACAGGGGAAAACUCUGUUUAAAGGUAAAUAAAUCAGCCUGCUUGACCUCUAAAGUCUGCACAAAACCUACAGUGUAAAAACAUCACGUUGUCUUUUCAUGCGCUGGACUAUCCAGGAAGUCACUGCGCCAGGAAAAGAAGUAGUCCGGAAAAUGCUAAUUGCCGUUUUUACAAUUUCUGCACACAUUAAACAAAUAGGAUAUAGCAUGUAGUAGUAGGCUAAUUUUACAGCUAACUAAUUUUACUUUUAGACACAGUCUAAGGCUAGCUUUGACCCACUGUAUGUUUCCUGCUCAGCACCAAACAGCAGAAAAACAAGUUAGCAAUUAGCUGGUAAACACAGUGGAGCAUUUAGUAGCUAGAUAUUUCCCUAAGGAUUUGGUGGAGACCAAAAACAGAGCUAAAAGAGAGUAAAUAUUGGACUUGCAUUCAGGUCAUGGUCAGAAACAUGACUCCAAUCGGAUGCUAACGUUGCUUCGUAACUGUUUGCCAAUGUUUGCCGUUUCAGUUUGAAAGGUGAUGAUAUGUCAAUGAUUGGUCAGUGUUCACAACUUGUUUUCACUGCCCCCAAGUGGCCAAAACAUUUUUUUUUUUUUUUUUUGCAGCUUUGAGCUAAACUAAUCCAAGCACCUCUUUGUGUAGCUGUCUCGGAUUGGUAGCAAAUAAACAUAUUUCACAAAAUGUAACUAUUCCUUUAAAGCAGUGCAGUACAGCAUUGUUAUGUAUUUCCAACCUGAUUCUGUAUAUAAAUCCCACGUAAAUGAUCUGUGAAGCAAACUUCGAGGAUUUCAGGUCACUAAGGUUUCAAGCUACCUUCAUGAUAAAGGUGCACUACAGCUCAUAGCAGUUUUUAAAUCAUAGAUGCUUUACGAAUUAAGUGGAUACACACAGUUGUACAGGACCUACAUUUCCAGUUGGAUUACUUUUAUUGAAAACCUGUAGAAUGUACUUUACUGACCCAAACUGCACCCACAGUAGAAACCAAUAGUCGCUGUCUUCUGCUAACUCUGAAAUCAUGUCAAAGAAUGUGCUACAACUAUGUUUAUGAUGAGUUUGCAACUUGAAAAACUAUUUUGUGUUUAUAUAAAAAAAAUGUGUGCAUUACUUGAAGUUCUGUGUGUAUACUUGAAUUCACAUUGUAAUUUUUUUCUAUGAGAAUAUUGUUGCCAUGUGUCCAUUCAUGCUAUUGGUAGGCCAGACAUUUGGUUGUUUCUAGUAUUGCAUGUUAGUAAUUAAGAAUGUACUUCUAGGCUGAGCACUUUACUAAUAAAGGCA